UUGCCGAUCAUAGGGUUCCAAAAGUCGUUGAUGUCGAUGAAAAGUAAGGCCGUCGUGGUGUCGGCCUUCUCUACUAGAAUACCCAACAUCAUAUUUGCUAUCAUGCACGCGGUCGCCUACUCCAACUUCAUCGGCAGCAAGCAACCAGCCAUCAGCAUUGUGCCGACUGUUGCUUGGCAAAGCGUUCUACUUUCUUACAACCUCAUGUCCGCAACGACUCCACUACUCAAAGGUUUCACACAAGGGUUCGGAACUACCGGUGGAUCUUUAGGAUACUUCCUACGCGAGACAACGGGUGAAGGCAGUGGAACCUCACGUAGCUACGAGCUGAGAUCACUCACAAAGACGAAGUCGAGAUCGAGAACCUCGCCGCCCGAUACUACGGAUCCUUACUUGCGCGCCGCUGCAGUUCCGUGGGAAGCGAAGGCUUCCUCUAAGGCAGGGAUGAAUGGACCAAAAGACGAAUCGCGGUGUUACCACGAUAGCGCAUCUAUAGCUAGCCAUGACUCUCAGCAGAUUAUGAUCAAGAGGGAAUGGAAGGUCUCAGAAGACUAGACACAUUAACAUCCUCUUGAUCUCGCUAUAACAAGCAUCUAUUACAAUCAUCGUUUCAGUGCUUCGCUACGAGUGCCAUCAACUC